AUGUCUACAUCUCUACUGCAUCAAGAGUUCUCCACCGAAAAGGGGCAAUCAUGUUCUCCAAUACCCCAUAGCAAUCAUUUGAAUCUAAAAUCAUCUGCAUUAAGAACCAACAGCAAUUCUACAAAUAAAAAUAGUCACAUUGAAACCAUCGAUGCAAACGGAUCAUCAAACAGUAGCAUAUCUGAGGAACCAACCAUUAAUGGCUCAACAUAUUCAAAUACCACGCCAACAGUUCAGCCUGAAGUGUUCGGCGAACUGCACACGACAACAACAACCCACAAUUCCGCAAACAACAGCACCAGAGCAGAAAGAAACAAAUUUCCGAAUAGUCACCCACACCAGCAAGAGACUAAGAACAAUGGUGAAAGUAAUUCUCCUGUAAAUUCUCCUAAACAUUUUCCCAUUGAAGAUUUGAGACACAGUCUUUUGUACAAAGCAGGAUCGGCAGCUUAUCAUAAAUCGGCGACUUCUUCGAAACAGAGUUCUACAACAUCAUUGAAAGAUGGCCUCAAUAAUUUGAAUGCUCAUUUUUUCCAGAAUCCAUCGUUGGAUAACAGUGUUAUGUCAGAUUUGGAAGAAUCACCAGUUCCCAAUGAGAGAAACUCUGUCCAAGAUGCGGGCACCCGCUCGCAUACAGCUAGAUUUAGUGUUCAAUCUACAACGUCAUUACCAGCUACUAUACUGCAGAGUAGAGUACCAAAUAGUAAUAGAUCUAGCUUUUUCCCUUUCAAAUCUUACACAACUUCACCAGUAAAGGAGACUAAGCAUGUUUUUUUGGAGUAUGACCCAAUCACCCGGAGAAAAGUGCUUAACACGUAUGAAAUUUUAAGAGAAAUUGGGAAAGGUGAACACGGGAAAGUAAAGCUAGCAAGGGACUUGAUUAACAAUGAGUUAGUCGCUAUCAAGAUUGUCAAUAGAAGAUCACGAAAGGAGAGACCUUCACUACGGAUGCGGAAGAAUUCGAGCGCACCCAUCGUAAAUGAAUAUGAAUUGAAAGUUAAGCGUGAAAUAGCAAUAAUGAAAAAGUGUCGUCACAAGCAUAUAGUGGCAUUGCGUGAAGUUUUGGAUGAUUUAAACUCAUUAAAGAUUUAUCUUGUUUUAGAGUAUAUGGAAAAGGGUGAAAUAAAAUGGAAAAAACUACAAUCAGAUGUAGCGAAACCAACUGCUGGCAAAUGCUAUGAUGUCGACGAUAACGAGAUUCCUUGCUGUGGCAAUGGAAGAAUGCAACAGCGGCAACCGAGUCUUUUAACUGACGAAGACUUAUUGUCGAAUGAAUUUUCUCCAAAUUUGACUUUUAAACAGUCAAGAAAGAUAUUUAGAGACGUUUUACUAGGACUAGAGUAUUUGCACAUGCAAGGAAUUGUUCACCGUGAUAUCAAACCAGCAAACUUGCUAGUCUCAGCCGACAAUAUUGUCAAGAUUAGCGAUUUUGGCGUUUCAUUUGCCACCUCUUUGGCUGAAAAUGAUGAAGGACACUUGGUAAAUGAAUUAGAUUUGGCUAAAACUGCGGGGACACCAGCAUUUUUUGCUCCCGAGUUAUGCCAAUUUGACGAUGAAACGCCCACAGAUAAGUUGUCUUCCAACGAGCCGAUGACCCCUCCUAAGAUUGACUACAAAAUUGAUAUUUGGGCAUUAGGUGUGACAUUGUACUGUUUGCUAUUUGGCAAGGUACCAUUCAAUGCUGAUACAGAGUAUGACCUCUUUCAAGUUAUUGUCAAAGAGCCGCUACAAUUCCCUGAUUCCAUUGAAGCAUUCAAUCCUCCAGCAACAGUGACAGAGGAAGAAUUUGAACUAGCUAAAGAUCUAUUAUCUAAGAUGUUGGACAAGAACAACCGAACCAGAAUCGAAAUCCAAGAUAUUAAAGAGCAUCCAUUUACUUUGAUGGAUUUGGAUACCGACGUGGAUGGCUUACAUGAAUUGUUUCAUCUUAAUGGCGACAACACAUCUGAGCCAAUAACUUUUGACUUAGACGAACACGACAUAGUCCUGAAAGAUGAAGUCGAUAAUGCAGUUAUUGGGGUAGGAGCAAGAAUCAAAAGAAGCUUAGUUAGGGCAAUACGUGCUGGUGGAUUGAAGGAUGGCGAAAUCAGAAAUAAAUUUGCUGCUUUGCAACUAGAGCAUUCAAGGAGCGAAAAUAGUGAGGAAUCUUCUAGUGGUUAUUCCAACUAUAGCUCCAGCACCAGAUUGUUGGGCUAUCAAAACGGUCAAAACUACUCAAUGAUAUUGUCAGAAGGCUUACCAGUUUCAUCUGCCACUCCUCCUCCUGUUGCUCAGCCAUUUGUGACACAACAGAAGAGAUCGUCGUUGUUGCUGCCAAAAAGUGGGAAUAUCCCUGAGAAGAAUAACCCGCAUUUCCCGUCAUCAUUGGCCCAUCAAAUACCAAACCCAUCGUCCCCUUCUUCCUCCUCAUCAUCAUCGAUGGCCUUUCAAAACCAUUUCUCCUUUGCGGGCAUUAGAGAAGGUGGCAAAAGUCUAUUACAAGAUAUGAUCGAAUCCAAUAGCAACAGCUCUAGCAGAAGAGGCAGUUCUGCUGGAAUAACUGUUUCGGAGGCACCACAAAUUGAAACAAAAAGAAAUGUUGGAGGGGAUUUAUAUUUGAAGAACCAAUCUGUUGUAGAGACAUUCAAAGGGAUACAACUCCAAGAUGACAAGAGACGAAGAUCAAGUAUUUUUUCACUUCAUUCACAAAUUGGAACAAAUUCCAACAAGAGCUCCUUAUCUCAUGAAUUGACACCAACUCAAACAGGACUGGGAGCUUCCACUCAGCAACAGCAUCAGCACUAUUCAAAUAUAGCAGCACCUAUUCCGGUACCAGUAUCUGCAAAACAGUCUAUUUCGGAUAAGGAACAAGGCAUCAAGGCACCAUUACUCCAGCAAGAAAAGAAUGCCAUGGGUAAACCAUACUUAAAGAUUGGUCCCAUUAGCAUUGCAAGAGAAGACGACAAGCCUGACGAUAAUCAGCCCGACUCUUCUAUUAUAUCAUUACCAUUAAGUGAAAGCUUUGCGUCCUUGGAUAGUAUAAAUGAUGACUAUCUAAGUAGAAAGUAUGAGGAAUACACCAGCAAUAGAAAAGAAAAUUCAAAGUCUGAGGGAAAUGUGCCGGUGAUACUGUUGCGGAGAAAGUCAAGUCUUUCGGAAUCAGAUUUAACGAGACGUGUUCUGUUGAAUGACCCUUUCGGUAAGUUUAAACCUGAUGGAAGUGAGAUAGCUGAGAAGUUCAAGGCUUUUAAUCUUGGAAAUCUGAUGAAGACUGGGAGCAAAUUUGCUUUAAAAGAUUGUGAACUCAGUGGCGGUCAACAGGUAAAGGGCAAAAAAUAUGAAAGCAGUGAUGACGGCAUUGCUCCGAAAACAGUGGUACCCACUAUAGCAUAUUCGAGUUCUGAUUCUUACUCUUCGUGUUCGUCUAGCAGUUCGGACGAGGAAGAUGAAUCUGACGACGAUGAAGAGAAUUUGACGUUGGCAUUUCAGUCUAAAGUUGCUCCUAUUUCCAGAGCCAAUUUCUUAUCGUUGACAGGACGAGCUAAAUCACAUGACUCAAAUUUACCAACCCUCCGACAAAAUCGUGAAAAAAAUAAACAACUAAAUCAUGAGUUUCAGGGGCCAAUAAUUUUCCACGAUGGUUUGCCUGAAUUUGAAGAUGUUCCAGAUGGCUUAAUUGGCAACAAUGCAAUUGGUAGUAGCAACGUCAAUGGUAAUAAUACAUUUAAUUCCGGCUACAGCUACUAUGACAAUGUCAACCCUACUGUCGUUUCUAGUAAUGUAUCUACAGCCACUUUAACAGUAGGGAUGGCACCAAGUGAGUCUGCAGAAACAAAGCUUGAAGUACCAGCUCAAGAAAAUGCUGUACAAGUUUCAUCGCCAUCAAACCCACAAAAAAAUAUCCUGUCUCGAAGUGACGUUUUGAAAGAUCUUAAAAAGAAAACAGACGUUUCAUUUGGAGAAAACUUUUGCAAUAAUCAGUUUAACAACCAUUACAAAAAAGAUCCAGUUUAUUCGCCAUUCCCCUCCGCUAAACAUUUAGAUAAUGAUCCGGAAAAAAUAGUAAAGGAAUCAGUUAACAAAUUUCAUGAGCAUAGACCAACUUACUACAGAUCAAACUCGGUAACCAUUGGGUUAUUACAUAGAAGCAAGCAUAGAGAAGAGGAUGAGGAUGGACUGCAAAUGAGUAAUGAUUUAGGACAGCAUCAUACUGAAGAAAAACAAGGAUAA